AUGGCUAGUCCAGCGCACUGCUUCUAUUGCUUCGAAGUGCUGUCCGCCAGCUUUGAACGUCGAGAUCCUCCAAGUUUACCGAAGGUGCUCGAGCUAUAUGAGAAUUACAUAAAGGACAAUCAGUCCAGUGGGGCAUUGACGGAAGAGGAAGAGUUGGGAAAUGGCAAGAAUCCUGUGAAGGUGACGGACUCUGAAGAAGAUCAGGUCGGCAACGAGGAGGAUGAUGAAGAUAUAGAAGAAGACGACCAGGAGGAGGACGACGCUCGGGAAGAAGAGAUCCAACGCUUUGAUCGCCGACACAAUAGCAACAAGGCCGGGCCUCAACUCCCCAGCAUCUCUCGAUUGCAGGCCUCAAGCUCGUCGUCGCGGUCGUCUUCAACGUCCUCUCCUUCUCUGUUCUCUGCCAGCUCAUCCAAUUCCCAGCUUACCACUCCUUCCAGUACGACUUCUUCGAGCUCUCAUUCUCGCCCUUCGUACGCAUCACAACUCUCGGCUACCGAAUCGUAUCCACUCUUUGUCACCUGGAACACAGUAGGCCGCUCCGGCAACAAAGCUCUCAGAGGAUGCAUAGGAACCUUCGAGGCCCUCCCACUCGCAUCGGGCCUCAGCACCUACGCACUGACAUCGGCUUUUGAUGAUACGCGAUUCUCGCCCAUCCCGGCCGCAUUGCUUCCCUCACUCUCUUGCUCUCUGACAUUACUCGCAGACUUCGAGCCCUGUCGGGAUGCCAUGGACUGGACUCUAGGCCUCCACGGCUUACGCAUUAGCUUCAACUACCGAAAUAGGCGGCACGGCGCAACAUAUCUACCAGAUGUGGCGGUCGAGCAAGGGUGGACGAAAGAGGAGACGGUAGAGAGUCUGAUGAAGAAGGCAGGGUGGGAUGGAGGAUCCGCGGGUCACGGUGUUGCGAGGAGACUUUUGCGAGGGUCGAUUAGAGGGACCGCAAGCGACCAGCAACAAUCUCGGCCGCCACACCCUUGGGAGGAAGUCCAGGACUUCAAGGCGAUCAGGUAUACUGGGCUGAAAGCGAGUGCAUCGUAUUCCGAGUGGCAGGUCUGGCGCAAAUGGGCAGAGAAGAAUGGUCUCAAGUGA